UCGACCCUUCUGGCAACGCUGUGGACAGCUGGUUUUGUAACUGGUCCACGAAAUAUUUAAAAUAUAUAUUAAAAACACUCGGAAAGUACCAAAGAUGAUGCGCUACGAGGGUAACGAGAGGCUGGCCGAUGAGACGGCAUGUGCCGGAGUGCGGGCGGACCUGAAGAUGUGCCUGCUGGAGAGCGAGUGCUGCCGAAUGGGCAAGACUCCGCGCCAGUGCCUCCAGGAUAACAAUGUUCCACCCGAGUGCCAGGUUCUAAGGAAUACCUUCUAUGAGUGCAAGCGCUCCCUGUUGGACAACAGACAGCGCUUUCGCGGUCGCAAGGGCUACUGA